AUGAGCCGUGAGUGUAUCUCCAUCCACGUGGGGCAAGCCGGGGUGCAGAUCGGCAAUGCCUGUUGGGAACUGUACUGUCUGGAGCACGGGAUCCAACCCGACGGGCAGAUGCCCUCGAGCGCCACCCUGGGGGGACGAGAGGACUCCUUCAGCACGUUCUUCAGCGAGACGGGAGCGGGGAAGCACGUGCCUCGGGCCAUCUUCGUGGACUUAGAGUCCACCGUCGUGGACGAAGUCCGGACGGGUACCUACCGCCAGCUCUUCCAUCCCGAGCAGCUCAUGACGGGAAAGGAGGACGCGGCAAAUAACUACGCCAGGGGGCAUUACACCGUCGGCAAGGAGAUCGUGGAUCCCGUGCUCGACCGGAUCCGGAAGUUGGCUGACCAGUGCACCGGUCUCCAGGGUUUCCUCAUCUUCCGAUCCUUUGGGGGUGGUACCGGGUCCGGGUUCGCUUCUCUCCUCAUGGAGCGCCUCUCCCUUGACUACGGAAAGAAAUCAAAAUUGGAAUUUUCCAUCUACCCUGCUCCCCAGGUAUCCACGGCCGUCGUGGAACCGUACAAUUCCAUACUGACGACACACACGACACUAGAGCACUCGGACUGUGCCUUCAUGGUGGACAACGAGGCCAUCUACGACAUCUGCCGGCGGAACCUGGACAUCGAGCGACCGAGCUACGCCAACCUGAACCGACUGAUCGCCCAGGUCGUGUCCAGCAUCACCGCUUCCCUCCGCUUCGACGGGGCCCUGAACGUGGACCUCACGGAGUUCCAGACCAACUUGGUCCCGUAUCCCCGAAUCCACUUCCCCUUGGCCACAUACGCCCCCAUCAUUUCGGCGGCGAAGGCCUACCACGAACAGCUCUCCGUCUCCGAAAUCACCAAUGCCUGCUUUGAGCCGGCCAAUCAGAUGGUGAAGUGUGACCCCCGACACGGAAAGUACAUGGCAUGCUGCAUGCUCUACCGAGGCGACGUGGUCCCGAAGGACGUGAACGCAGCCAUAGCAGCCAUCAAGACCAAACGAACGAUCCAGUUCGUGGACUGGUGCCCGACCGGAUUCAAGGUGGGCAUCAACUACCAGCCCCCGACCGUCGUCCCCGGCGGGGACCUGGCCAAGGUGCACCGGGCAGUGUGCAUGCUGAGCAACACGACCGCCAUCGCUGAGGCCUGGGCGAGACUGGAUCACAAGUUCGAUCUCAUGUACGCCAAGAGAGCUUUCGUCCAUUGGUACGUGGGGGAGGGGAUGGAGGAGGGAGAGUUCUCGGAGGCUCGGGAAGACCUCGCCGCCCUGGAGAAGGACUACGAAGAGGUUGGCGUGGACUCCAAUCAAGAAGGCGAAGAGGCUCUGGAGGAGUACUAAGGGCGGUGCGCUUCGGUGGUCUCCGGCCUGUUUAUCUCUUGUUAUUUAUGCUGCGAUUGUUUAUUUUAGGCUCGUAUUGGACUUUAUUCACACUCCCCCCCCCUUGAUAGGUUCGUUUGUCAUUUUCCUUUCUAAGAAUGAAGCCUCGUGACAAUAGCAAA